GUCCUUCCACACGUGUGUCCUGUGAGCUUCCAGAAGCAGAAACGGGGAGCUAGCCGGCUUGUGUUUGCUGUCGAAACGUAACGUUAUUUAUUCCGUCGUUACACGCCGUAACAUUUCUAUAACGUUACAGUCAUGCUAAAGUCCGUUGUCCGUGUGGUGGGAGCCGCUGUUCGCAUUUCUACAGCCACCGCGUCCACAGCCCGAGCUCUGCCACUCAGCUGCCCGACACUGUGCUCUCCAAGCUCGGCGACAACUCGGCCCUUCACCCGGUCUCUCUGGAUGCUGAAUAGCAAAGGAGCCUCGUCGGGCUACCGGCCCAAACUGUUCACUUCAAAAGCGUUGAAUCCGUCGGUGUCGUGUGGAUGUGGAGCACUGCACACAGAAGGAGACAAAGCAUUUGGCGCUUUCCUGUCUGAUGAAAUCAAAGAGGAGGCGAAGAUUCAGAAAAGCAAAACCCUGCCGAAGAUGUCUGGAGGAUGGGAGCUGGAGAUGAACGGCACAGAGGCCAAACUCACGAGGAAUGUUGCUGGAGAAAAAAUCACUGUCACAUUUAAUGUCAACAACAGUAUUCCUCCAAACUUUGAGGAAGAGGCAGAUCAAGGACAGCAGAAGCCAGCGGAAGAAGAGGCAGAAGUUGUGUCAACACCCAACUUUGUUGUCGAAGUAACAAAACAGGCUACAAAACAUUCCCUCGUGUUUGACUGCCAUUUCCCUGAAGACGAGGUGAGUCACGGUGAAGGAGAGGAGGAGAGCGACAUCUUUGCCAUUCGCGAGGUCAGCUUCCAGCCCGAGGGAGACACCGACUGGAAGGAGACCAGCUACACGCUCAACACAGACUCUCUGGACUGGGCCCUGUACGACCAUCUGAUGGACUUCCUGGCCGACCGGGGGGUCGACAACACCUUCGCCGAUGAGCUGAUGGAGCUGAGCACUGCCGCCGAGCACCAAGAGUACAUCAAGUUCCUAGAAGACCUCCAAGGCUUUGUCAAAUGUAACUAAUGUUAAAUAGAUGCUAAAAUUCACUUUUCUUCAAUGCACUUCCCGUCACAGUUGGAGGUAUGCUAAUCCAGUAAUGUUGUGAGAGACUGACGAUCACUUGCUUUAGUGUCUGGCAUGUUGCCAGCAGUUGUCACACUUGGCUGCAAAUGUGUUUCUCUUCAUUAAAAUGUGACUUUAUUUUUCUGUAA